AUGAAUACAAUGAUAGCUAAGGAGAAGACCAAUGAAGAAAAUUUAAACAAUGAAAAUAAGUUGGCUGAAAUUGACUUUGUGCGCUCUUUGAAAGAGAAAGAAACUGAAGCGGCCAAUUUGCAAGAAAAAGUUGAUCAAACUCAGAAGGAUAAAGAAAAUUUACUCAAUGAAUUAGUUGAGGUAGAGAGAGCAAUAAUGUUGUGGGAAAAGAAAGUGCAAUUAUGCGAAGAGACAAAAAAAUCAGUUGACUGUGAAAUGGGUCAAGGCGAGAUUAGUGUUAUGCGUCAUGAAAUUCAUCGUAUGGAGAUACGGAAAUCUUCAUUACUUCAGCAACAAGAAAGGCUGAUACAAGCACUAGAGCGUUCUGUGUCAAAGCGUGAUAUUAUCGUGAAUCAGUCUGAACUUGUGCAGUUGAAAAAAGAUAAAACACAAGUCCGCAUUACAGCUCAGCGUCAUAUUGAUGAUCUGAAACAAAAAUUGAAAGCUAUUAAACAGAAUUCUUCCAUUUGUACACAAGAACUUGGAGAAAUAGAGGAAAAAACCAAUAUUUUGGAAAGCGAAUUGUCAAUGAAAAAAGCUGACGCUGAAAGUGAGAAGACGAGAGCUGAUGAGUUGAUGAAGAAACUACAAUCAUUAAUUGAUCAGAAACAAAUUGAUCUUUUUGAACUCCAAAUGCGUCAGCAUGCCACAGUGUACUGGGAGCAAGUUAAAGAAGGCAAGUAUCGGCGUCUUUGUCCUUCUAUCACUUCAGCCGAAAAUGAGAGAAAAAGACAGAUUAAUCGCGCUCGAAGUUUAAUGGCAGUUAUUGACCACUUAGUAACAGAAUUUCCACAGAUCCGAAAAGAUUUGGAACCUGUAGGUCAUUUGUUAGAAAGCAAGUUAAAUUCUGAAAGCAGUGAACUUAAACUUGAUGGUGUCAGUGCUGGUACUGAAGAUUCAUUAUUGAUUUAA